AUGCGUGCUUAUCUCCAAUUACUGGGUUGGUUCGCCCUUUCACUUGGACUUUUAGGUAAGCAAUCUCAGUUAAGGAACUUCGUCGGAGCGGUGGCUAAACGAAUUCCAGUCAGCCAAAACGAGGGUGCUUUUUCAAGAAUUGGUGUCAUUAAUGGUGGUGAGGAUGCAGAGAUUUUUGCUAAUCUCACAACAUUCACCAGUAGCUACGAAGCAUAUAGUGCCAUCCGUAAAAUGAAAUGGAGGAGCGCCGACAACUUCAACAUUAGAUCAUCUUUGAGAGCGGCAUCAAAAAUGAUAGACGCUUCGGGUAGAAAAAAUGUCAAGAAAAUCGUCAUCGUAUUCUCGGGUAAAUCGGAAGAUUGCGAAUACAUGGGCUUCCCUGCGAAGAUCAUGAAUGGCGAUUUAGACGACAACCCAUGUAAUAUCGCAAGGCAGCUAAAAGAGAAUGGAAACAUCAUCAUGACUGUUGCAAUAAAAUGCGAAGGCAAAUUUGACUUCCCAAGAAUGCAAUUCGGAAGUGAAUGCUACAGGUUAAACUUCGACGACCAAUUCGCACAAAACUUCUUACGAAAACUCUGCGAUGCUAAUUGCUUCUGUCCACCGCCAUUUAUGCAAUUCACAGACCUCAAAGACAAAUGCAGGAAGUUUGGUGAAUGCGUCUAUCAACGAACUGAAGCAUUUUCUUAUCAGAUUGCUCGUAAAAGAUGUGCUUUCUAUAAUGCUGAAAUGACUGAAAUACUCAGUCCACAGAAAGAUCAAUUCCUUAAGAAUUGGGCUGCUGGAGCAGGUGCACAAAGCCUUUGGCUCGGAGCAACCGGUGUUGAUGGCAAUUACACGUGGACCAUUAGCGGAAAACAGGUAAGCGGCUAUCAGCCAUGGGCACCAAACCAACCGAACGUCGCUGAUGGAAACUGUGCCUUCGAAGAUAUUAAAACUGGCAACUGGAGCGCAGCACCAUGCGAAGACCUCUUCAGUGUGCACGAUUUUGCAUGCGAAAGAAUUGCAUUCACGUUUGGUGCCGAGCGAGAGUGCGCUUGUGACUACAAGAAAACAUGGAUGGAUAUUGUAUAUAUAUUGGAUUCGUCAAAGGAAAUGAACCCGCCAGAUUUCUAUGCCGUAAGGAACUUCGUCGCAGCGGCGGUUAAAGGAAUUCCAGUCAGCCAAAACGAGGGUGCUUUUUCAAGAAUUGGUGUCAUUAAUGGUGGUGAGGAUGCAGAGAUUCUUGCUAAUCUCACAACAUUCACCAGUACCAACGAAGCAUAUCGUGCCAUCCGUAAAAUGGAAUGGAGGAGCGCCGACAACUUCAACAUUAGAUCGUGA